AUGACAACUUCAUUCAAAUUUCUCAAUAUUAAUCAAGAACUCGCUAGGCACCUUCAGGUUGCUUAGACCUACCAAUAGGAGUUUAAUUAAAGUACCACAAAAGUUGAAAAUUUGGGUUCCUCCGCUGGUCUACCUCAGUCCGGGGACGACUCUAAUUCACAUACUAUGCUUAUAGUCGUUUGUGUCCUUGCAGUAAAUGUACUGUUCUUCUCGUUAAUAAUAGCUUAUAAAUGCUAUCAACGAAGAAAGUCUAUCAAAUAAAUCUAAGUAAACCGGACUAAUGAUAACUAGGCUCAAGUAGCUUCUUCAAUAAACCCUCCUUCAGUAGGAGCUAUCUAAAAUAGUAACUAACCUAACUUUGAGGCCAACCAAGAAGACCACUAGCCAGACCAACCCUAGGGAAGAGGUCACCAAGUCGAUGAAGCUUAGCAUAUCUAAUAAAACCCUGAAUCAGCAGAUGCCGAGGCCAGAAACCUUCACUAUAACCACUCCGGCCGUCCUCUAGAAUUAUACCAGUUUUUAAAUCUAGUCCAUGGUGGUUCGGGAGUUGUCAGUGUACCUCAAUAGCAGAACUAAGGCCCUAAAAACACAAUAUCAGCUGAGGAACUCAAAAACUUAAUAUAAAGUACAACUAUUAAAACACCCUACACAGCAGAAAUUGCGCAGUUCGGUGAAACUGCCUGCGUAAUCUGCUUAGAAGACUUUACUACCGAGCACAAUGAAAUCAGGAAAAUAAAAAGGUGUGGUCACAUUUUCCACGAUAAAUGCAUUAAGAAUUGGUUAAGGACUCAUCUGAAGGAAUUCAGAUGCCCUUUGUGCAAAACAGACAUUAUUGAGGUUAACUUUAUAAAAAAGCAAGACUCUAAAUAAGACUUAGAACACCAUUGA